CGGUCAUGUCAUGUCUGUCAAUCGUCAUUUGUGUCUAGUUUGUUGACAUUUUAGGGUUCAGUACAGAAAAUGUUUCCACUGAAUUCAAAAGUAUUUUGGACAGUUAUAUAAUCAAAAUACUUUGCUAAUAAUUAAUAAAUCUCUGCGGAUAAUUAUAUCUGUAAAAAAAGAUAAUGUAUCACUGGAAGUACAAUUUAUACUGCUAACUGACGAAUUGUAUUUGACUGUAUUAUUUGUCUUGUCUCAUAAUGGAUGCAGGAGGAGAUAGGGCAUUACAUUCAACUAAUAUGGCCAUAAUCAGAGAAAUUUAUGAUGGAGAAUAUUCCUCUCAUUGUUUUUCAAUGGAGUUAGAGAAAGCUCUUGAGAGCUGUUGCUCCUAUAUUGUUAUUGAACCAACCCAACUAGGAGAUGAAACAGCCAGAUGGAUCACUUUUGGAAAUUAUUUACAUAAAACCGCUGUUAUUUCAGGAGUUAUGUCCAUUGUAUCAGGUAUUGCCUGGUCCGACAACUUCACUCCUCAAGCUCCUCUUAGUAUUGUUUCAACUUUAUGUACAGGCCUGUACACAGCAUCUUGGCAAUUUGACCAUUGUGUUAAAUAUCAGGUUGAGAGGGAUCCAAGGAAAUUGGCCAGAUUACCAAUUUUAGGAGGCCUCACAGCAGCAUCACCUGUAGUAUUAGUGCGAAAGGACGAUACAAAGCGAAAAGUGUUACACUGUACAGUUUCGUUAGCUGCGGCAGCCUUUUGCUUGUACAGAUUAUACCGUAAAAUGAAAUAAAUGUUUUUGUCAAUGUAUAGGUACAAGUUCGGUUGUUAGAUUGCCCCAUUUUGUGGGCAUUAUUAGAAUUUCUUGUAAAUUAUAUAGACGAGAGAAUGUAGACAAUAUAUAAAUCAAUUCCUUUUUUUAUACAUUUCAAACUAUAUUUCGCCAAUGUGAUUUAUGAAUAAAUGUUUCAUUGUUUAUUUUUUAA